AUGUCUGCGACUCCCGUUCCGCCUGAGGACCAGGCACGCCUCCUCGAGGAUGCCCUGGUCGCAGUGCGCCAGCAGACCGCCCUCAUGCGAAAGUGCCUCGACACUCCAAGCAAGCUGAUGGAUGCUUUGAAGUGCUGCUCGACUCUCGUUUCCGAGUUGCGCACCAGCAGUCUGGGUCCGAAGCAGUACUACGAACUAUACAUGGCCGUCUUCGAUGCCCUGCGCUACCUGUCAGUCCACCUCCGCGAGAACCACCCCGUCAACCACCUCGCCGACCUCUACGAGCUCGUCCAGUAUGCUGGAAACAUCAUCCCGCGCAUGUAUCUCAUGAUCACCGUCGGUACCGCCUAUAUGUCCAUCCCCGAUGCGCCCGUCAAGGAAUUGAUGAAGGACAUGAUGGACAUGAGCCGAGGUGUCCAACACCCGAUCCGCGGCCUCUUCUUGAGGUAUUAUCUGUCUGGCCAGGCCAGAGACUACCUCCCCUCGGGCGAUGGUGAUGGCCCAGAGGGAAACCUGUCCGAUUCAAUCAACUUCGUUCUCACCAACUUUGUCGAGAUGAACAAGCUCUGGGUGCGCUUGCAGCAUCAGGGCCACUCCCGCGAACGCGAGCAACGGACGAGAGAAAGAAAGGAAUUGCAGCUGCUGGUGGGAAGCAACAUCGUGCGACUCAGCCAGCUGGUAGACCUCGAGACUUACAAGUCUGGCAUUCUGGCGCCCCUGUUGGAGCAGGUGGUGCAGUGCCGCGAUGUUUUGGCCCAGGAAUAUCUGCUCGAGGUCAUUACCCAGGUCUUCCCCGACGAUUUCCACCUCCACACCCUUGAUCAAUUCCUAGGGGCCGUGUCACGCCUCAACCCCCACGUCAACGUCAAGGCCAUCGUCAUUGGCCUGAUGGACCGCCUGUCAGACUACGCCGAGCGCGAAUCCAAGGAUGAGACGGAGGAUGACAGAGCCAAGGUGGAGGAGGAGGCUCUUGUGAAGUUGCUUGAGAAGACGAGUUUAAAGAAGGAGAGCCAGUCGGCCGCGGCUAGCACGCUUGCGCCAUCAGAAGCCGGAGACGAAGUCAGGAAACUGGAUGACCUCGACGAAAAUGGAGCCCAUACGAACCCGCAGACCAGCGAGAACGAGGCGCGUGCUCAAGAAGAUCUUCCUCCGCCAGAGCCCACACCGUCCAUCGCCGAUACCGAGAGCACGGCCGUUAAUGGGGACGGCAGCGCGCCAGAGAAGGGCAUUCCGGAGCACGUCCAGCUCUACGAGAUCUUCUUCAGCCAAGUCAAGAACCUCGUUGAGGCGCAACAUUUGCCUAUUCAGGACACGAUAGCCCUGCUCUGCUCCUUGACAAACCUGGCCCUCAACAUUUACCCCGAGAGGCUAGACUUUGUCAACCAAAUCCUCGACUACGCCACCAUCAAGGUCAGGGAGAACGCGAACAACGCAGACUUGCACUCUCCCCAGGCCCAGCAGAGCCUCCUGGCCCUGCUCCAAGCCCCCCUCAACCGAUACCUCUCUAUUUUCACCGCCCUCUCCCUCCCUACCUACGUUCCUCUGUUCCAAUCGCAAUCAUACCCGACUCGACGAGCGGUGGCUGGCGAAGUGGCUAGGACCCUUCUCCAACAUCAGACGCGCAUCGCGACACCCAGCCAGCUGGAGAACGUCUUAGAAGUGCUAAAGGUGCUCAUCAAGGAGGGCUCUCAGCCGCCAAACAACUACCCCGGCGUGGCACAGCGCCGUAAUGUCGAGACCGACGAGACGUUGGAGGAGCAAGGCUGGCUGGCCAGAAUUGUCCAUCUCAUCAACGGCGAGGAUAAUGACACACAGUUCCGCUUGUUGCAGAUGACGCGCAAGGCGUACUCUGAAGGCAACGAGAGAAUCCGCACAACAACACCUCCCCUCAUCACAGCUUGCAUGAAACUGGCGCGGCGCUUCAAGCUGCGCGAGCACUAUGAAGACAACUGGGAGACUCAGAGCAACGCCCUCUUCAAGUUUAUGCACUCUGCCCUGAGCACUCUGUACACCCGCGUGAACGGUGCCGGCGCGGCCGAACUGGCUCUCCGCCUGUUCUGCGCGUCCGGCCAGACAGCCGACAUGACUGGGUUCCAAGAGGUCGCAUACGAGUUCUUCGCCCAGGCUUUCACCGUGUAUGAAGAGGCCAUCACAGACUCCAAGGCGCAGUUCCAGGCGGUCUGCGUUAUUGCCACGGCGCUGCACCAGACAAGAAACUUUGACAAGGAGAACUACGACACCCUCAUCACCAAGUGCGCUCAGCACGGUAGCAAGCUCCUCAGGAAGCCUGACCAGUGCCGCGCCGUCUACCUUGCCAGUCACCUAUGGUGGGCCACGCCCAUGGCUGCCAACGGCGAGGCAGACGAGACUGGCCUGUACCGCGAUGGCAAGAGAGUCCUCGAGUGCCUCCAACGAGCCCUCCGCGUCGCUGACUCCUGCAUGGAGACCGCCACCUCCAUCGAACUCUUCGUCGAGAUCCUCGACCGAUAUGUCUACUACUUUGACCAGCAAAACGAGUCGGUCACAACCAAGUACCUCAACGGCCUCAUCGAGCUCAUCCACUCGAACCUCGCCGGCAACCAGCAGGACUCGGCCUCGAUUGAGAACAGCAAGCGUCACUUCUACCACAUCCUCGAGAGCAUCAAGAGCAGGCAGUACGAAGGCCUGGUUCUCUACCCCAAAUGA